CCUAGUUAGUCUAGGUGCCAUGCUAAGUUUCGACACAUCCGGAACGUGUAUGUACCAUUCUAUUUCCGGUAUCUGUGGUUUCUAGUGUUACAGCGUUUGAUUGCUGAGAAAGAUGGUGAGUCCUAGUAAUGGUAAUAUAAUAUUGCUAUGCUGUAUAUAGUGUAUGUGUUAUAGAACCAAAUAGUAUACUUGAGCUGAUAUCGAUAUUCGAUAUCAGCAUAAUUAUAUUAUUCAUUUAUAUGAAUGUAUAAUCAUUGUAGUUUAUAACUCUUAGAGGGCUGUUAAUCCUCAAUAGUUUUUUCUUGUAGCAAUUAAUAUGAAAAAUUCUAAAUUUGGGCAAACGUUGUACUAUAAAAAGUAGAUUUGGAAAAUAAAAAAUCUAAAACUCAUCUGCUUAUGUGGUUUCUGCUAAAUGUCUAGAUUUGGAGUAUGUUUAAUGUAUGUUUAAGAUGGGAGUAUGACUAGUUAAUUUAACGCGUUAGAGCCAAUUUAGUAUUUGUUUUAUUUGGGAAUAUCUGUAGAGAUGUCAACGUAUAUAAACAUGUAAAUAAGUGGUUAUUGAACUAGGAAUUGUGGACAAAUGGCAAAUUUUAGCCCAUGCUAGCUGAGUUGGAGAAACACAUUUUAAAAAGUUGAACUGAAGAAUUACUCUAAUUUGCAUGUAAACAAAACUGUAAAUUAAGGAAUCAUAAUGAAUUGCUAUUCCCAGUUUGAAUAACCCUGUGACAGUUUUACCUGGAUAAUAAUUGUUGUUAUCUUUUUAGGCUCGAAAUGCAGAAAAGGCCAUGUGAGUAUUCUAUCCAUGCAUGUGGAUGCUUGUAUUGCUUUAACAAGGCUCGAGUCGCCUGGGAUUUGAAAGCACAUUCAGCCCCUGAGGUGACUGGCUGCCUGAGAUCUGAGACGGGCAGGCGGCUGACUGAGUGCGGAGGUGGCAAGGGACCUCUUCCUGCUCUGCUUCCUCGCGCGCCCUCCACUGAGCCGGGUUAUGACUUAACUCUGGCCCUGGCAUUACUAAACAGUGUGUGAGAGAGCAGAGCAGGAAGGUGACAGCAGGGCCGGCCUUAGGCUUUUGGGCGCCCUGUGCGAAAAAUCUUCACAGCGGCCCCCCCUUCCCACACACCCUGUCACACACGCGGACAGCCACACACAGACAUAGAAACAUAGAAUGUGACGGCAGAUAAGAACCAUUCGGCCUAUCUAGUCUGCCCAGUCACACAUAGGCAGCCACACACAUACUCACAGGCAGGCAGCCACACACAUACUCACAGGCAGGCAGCCACACACAAACUCGCAGGCAGGCAGCCACACACAAACUCGCAGGCAGGCAGCCACACACAAACUCGCAGGCAGGCAGCCACACACAAACUCGCAGGCAGACAGCCAGGCAGGCAGACAGCCACACCCAAAAACAGAGGCAGACAUAGAAACAUAAAAUGUGACGGCAGAUAAGAACCGUUCGACCCAUCUUGUCUGCCCAGACAGUCACACACACACAGGCGGAUAGUCUCCCACACAGUCAGACACACACACACAGUCAGACACACACACACACACACACAGUCAGACAGUCACACACAGUCAGACAGGCAGGCAGACAGUCAGACACACACACACGCACACAGGCAGACAGUCAGACACACAUACAGGCAGACACACACAGACAGUCACACAUAGUUACCUCUGUUCCUUGUGGAGGCAGACAGGCAGUGCAGCUCCUGGAUUCUGGUUGUUGGGGGAAGCAGGGACUCCUUCCUGCUUCCCCUGCAGCAGUUACACAGCACGUUAAGCUCCGCCGCAGGUAAGCCCGCCUCAAUUUUUUUUAUCCUGGCCGGCCAUGUGUGAGCUGUGUCGGCCGCACGGCGCCCCCUGCUUCAUGGCGCCCUGUGUGGCUGCACACCCCUAAGGCCGGCCCUGGGUGACAGCAAGGAAAUAAUCCACUCCAGCUCUACCAAAGGUAGGGAGGCUGGGUGGAUUAAAAUAAAGUAAAUAAAAAUUUGGGACUGUGUGUGUGUUUUGCAGCAUCAAUUCGUGUCUGUAUGUCAGUGAAGGUGUGUAUGUGUCUCAGUGAGUGUGUGUAAAAAAUAUAUCAAAAUAUUACAAAAUUAGAAUAUUUUUCAUAAUAUUAAAUCAUUUUAAAAGUUUAUCCAAAAUAUUUAAAUCAAGGCCUUUGUUCAUUAAAAUUUGGAGUUCACUGAAUAGCCCCACAUACCUUUCCUGUAGAAACUGAAGUUUUGUGUGUGUGUGUGUGUAUAUAUAUAUAUAUAUAUAUAUAUAUAUUUAUACAAAUAAGUGGAUGAAAACCCCUUCUACCUGAAGUAAGUGGAUAAUUAAUACAGAAAUACACACAUCAGUCAAGCCAAUCAAUUCCACUUUAUACAUGGAUGCGUUACUUGUGAAGUACAUACCAAAACAGUUGUGGUGGUGAAAAAAAUGUGGAUGAAAACCCAUUCCAAACCUCAUCCACACUUUUUCCCCCACCACAACUCUUUUGGUAUGUAAUUCACAAGUAACGCCAAGCCCCUAUAGCAAGCCAGUAACCAACCUCAUGCUGAUGAGUUACAUUAACAAUGAAACUGCUGUCCAUGAGUGGUUCACUGGCUUUGCUCCUCUUCCUGAGUUGUUUCAAAGCUGUUGUAUACAGCAGACACAUACUCAAAGGAAUCCAUAUAAAAAUUAUAAUUAUGAGGCAAAAAUGUGGUUCUUUGUUGAGCUCAUUUGCAUAUGCCUACCCAGAAUCCCUUGCAGUAGUGAGAGCACUGUUAAAGUGAGAUUUCUGUGGGAGCACUCCAGGAUUCUCCAGUCCCAGGAAAAUGGCUUUGUUUUCCUGGCACUGGAGAAUCCCUUUAAGUUUACGAUUUAUCAUCAAUCCUACCAACCAUCAAUCCAGAAAAAUUGCUUAUGUCACCAGGUUGAAAGGGACAAUAUAGUAACCAAGCCAUAUAACUCUUAAAUGGCAGUGAAUUGAACAGUGAAACUUCGGGGGCAUGAUCUAUACACAAAACUGUUUCAUUAAGCUAGUUGUUUUGGUGAAUAAAGUGUUCCUUUAAGAGAUUUAUGCGAUUAUACCAAUAAGAGAUAAGAAGUAUCUCAAUAUUUUCACUGUUAAUUCAUAUGAAUUCCUUUAUGGUUUAGUACUGCCCAAAUAACUGUUACAAAUGUUUUAUUGACCUUGAUUGCAUUCAACAGGCUGAAGAGAAAAUCAUUUUGGCCAAAAGGCUCUAUUAACAAUAUUUAUAAAAAAAACAUUUAAAAAAAUAUUUUAAAGUAUUGCUAUAGUGUCAGAAAACAAACUCAUUUUCCUGACACUAUAUAACCCUUAGGGCCCCCCUCUCGCUGGUCUGAAGGGGUUAAAACCUCUUCAAUUACUUACUUUAAUCCAGCCCCGGUCUCCCUCGGCACUGGUGACCUCUCCUCCCACUCCGACUUCAGCUCCCGAGUGGAGCGGAAUGCGCAUGCACGGCCAGAGCCGCACGUGCAUUAAAAAUGCCCAUAGGAAAGCAUUUCUCAAUGCUUUCCUAUGGACGUUCUGCACGCUGAAUGCUAUUUUCGCAUUCAGCAUCGCAGAAGCACCUCUAGCGGCUGUCAAGAAGACAGCCACUAGAGGCUGGAUUAACCCUGCAAUGUAAACAUAGCAGUUUCUCUGAAACUGCUAUGUUUACAUCUGAAGGGUUAAAACCUGGGGGACCUGGCACCCAGACCACUUCAUUGAGCUGAUGUGGUCUGGGUGACUAUAGUGGUCCUUUAAGUCUUCCACAAUUAUUUUUCCCCAUCCACAGUCUUUGGUAUUGCCCUUUAAUAAUGUACCGGAAAGAAAGCAAAAUUGACACACUGUAACUAUUUUUUUAUUGCGGUCUCUAGGCAUUAGAAUGGCUGAUUUCCAUUGCAAACUUUAACACUUUUGCUUGUCAAAAUAUAAUGUUGUUUAUCUAGUGCAUUAGGCAUAUUUUACUUUUGAUGACAUUACGUUCUUUAUAUCCUUGCUUUUAUAGGACGGCCUUGGCGAGAUUUCGGCAGGCUCAGUUGGAGGAAGGGAAAGUCAAGGUAAGAGCAUGGAGCAUGUGAUCAACCCUUACUGCCAAAGUAAGACUGAUCUCAAAUGUUUUUUUAUUUAUUUUACAGUCAUUAAAACCAUGGAUAUUUAUAUGACAAAGUUAAUGUUGAUAUUAGUGACCACUUAUGUCAGGAUUUAAAUGGCUUUUUAUUAAUUUCAUGGUUUAUAAGCUGUGAGCCACUUUGAAAGGUAGACUUGAGAAAAACUUUGUCUCAAGUAAUUACUUGGCCAAGUUGGAACUGCUGAAGAGAAAAAUUUAUAUACAGAGAGAGGAAAAAGGGAAAACAAUUUUUUAUAGACAUUUAUUGCUUAGAAAUUCCUACAUUUUUUACGGCUUCUAUUUUUCCUGAUAUUUCCACUGCAUCAUCUGCAGCAUUUAAUUCCUCCCUGCAGACAGGACAAGCUGUGUUAAAAAGGGAAUGUGAAAGCUGUUCCAGUGGUAUUCCAGCAUAAACUAAAUUUUUCAUUUUCUAAAGCAGUAGUUCUAAGAUAGGACCUCAUCCACCCUUGGAGCACAAAAGUUUAUUAAAGGACUACUCUGGGCACCAUUACGAUUUAAUUUAAACAAAGUCGUUAUGGUGUCUGGAAGUCCUUGAUGUUGUCAUAUCGUAAGGAGUUAAACCAUUUACAAGUGGUUUAACCCUCAAAGUGCUCUCAAUGAGUCCCCUCUGCUUCCUCCUGUGGCCACAGCUUUCAUGCAGAAUCCUUUCACUGGGUGCCCAUGAUAGGCUGAGAGCAUCUGCCUAUCUUUGGCCCACCAAUGAGAAUGCUUCAGAUAGUAGUGUCAUCCUAUUAUCGAUGACCCUUUGAAGCUGGAGGGCGAGGCAAAGGGUCCACGAUGAGUAUGGGGAGAGCUUUAAACAGUUUAGCUCCUCAAGGUAAAACAGCACGCAAGACAUUCUGAACCAAGAAAGGAGGUUCCUCUUGAGUGUCAGCAGAAAGAGGCUGAGUCCAUUCAAUGACACAGUUGUUGAAUAGUAUAUGUGGAACUGCACUCACUCCCACAAAUCUUGUCUUGACAAAGACCUUUUGGGGUCGAAACGUUGCUGUUGUGGUUCUCAAUAAAGUGCCUGUUUUGAACCAAGGAGUGCCUGGACCCCUAUUAUUUUAUUAAUGACACAGUUGUUGUCCAUCUAAAUUCUGUUUUAAGUAAAAUGCUGUUAAUGGAACUACAUGUCCAAGAAAGCUCUAUUCUUUGCAGAAUUUAGCAAAAAAUGUGCAAUCUGCUAGUUCUCCCUUCUCUUCCGCAUACUGUGCAGGCAGAUUUGUAGAUGUCUGUUGUCUCAUCUAUAGGAUGCUGACAGUCACAUUCCUAAUACAGAUUAAGGGAGAGCUUACACAUACCGUAUUUUUCGCUCCAUAAGACGCACCACACCAUAAGACCUUAGUUUUAGAGGAGGAAACCCAGAAAAAAAAUAUUCUGAACAAACUGUCCCAUAGUGUUUAACACCCCCCCCCGUCCCAUAGUGUUCCUUACCACCCACUCCCCUCUCAUGUCCCAUAGUGAUCUUUAACCCCCCUCCCCUGUCAUAUAGUGAUUUUUACCCCCCCUCCCCUGUCCUAUAGUGAUCUUUAACCCCCUUCCCUGGCCCAUAGUGAUCUUUAACCCCCUUCCCUGGCCCCAUAGUGAUCUUUAAAUGGCCCAUAGUGAUCUUUUAACCCCCAUUCCCCCAUAGUGAUCUUAACCCCUUCCCUGGCCCAUAGUGAUCUUUAACCCCCUUCCCGGCCCAUAGUGAUCUUUAACCCCUCCCUGGCCCAUAGUGAUCUUUAACCCUCCCUGUCCCAUAGUGAUCUUAACCCUCCUGUCCCAUAGUGAUCUUAACCCCUCUCCUGUCCCAUAGUGAUCUUUAACCCCUCCCUCUCCCAUAGUGAUCUUUAACCCUCCUGUCCAUAGUGAUCUUUAACCCCCCCUGUCCAUAGUGAUCUUUAACCCCUCCCCUGUCCCAUAGUGAUCUUUAACCACCCCUCCCCUGUCCCAUAGUGAUCUUUAACCACCCCUCCCCUGUCCCAUAGUGUUCUUUAUCCCCCCUCUCCUCGUCCAAUAGUGUUCAACCCCCUCACCCCCCGUCACAUAGUGAUCUUUCCCUCCAUAGUGUCCUCCCCCUCCUCUUGUCCCUUAGUUACUUACCUGUAGUGUAGCGUGGGCCGGCAGAACAGCGCGCACAGCGGUACAGGAACUUAAAUCUCAGUUUCCGCUUUCCGUCCGGACUGAAAGGAAGUGUGCACACUGAGUGCGCACUUCCUUUCAUUCCAGCCGGAAACUGAAAUUUAAGUUCCUGUACCACGGUGUACGCUGUUCUACCGGCCCACACUACAAUACAGGUAAGUAAACCUUCACAUUCGCUCUAUAAGACCCACAGACAUUUCACCUUACUUUUGAGGGGGGGAAAAAAGUGUGUCUUAUAGAGCGGAAAAAUACGGUAAUUUUUAAAAAAUUUUAUAAGGCUACUUAGUCACCUAUCUCAGCAAACAAAUAUAGGGAUUCAGUUCCACCAUAUGGCCAUAGUGUGUUAAGCCCACCACUGCUUCACAGUGCCCUAAUAUUGAUGGGUCCUACACUAAUUAAAACGUGGGAGACGUAAUUAUGUUUGAAUUUUGGUCACAACGGCAGCACCAUGCCUGCUAAAUGUAUUUUUUUUGUGUGCACCCAAUUCUUAUUUGUCUUUAAAUUCCGAACCUCUGUGAAUAUUGUUAAACAGCUAGUUUUGAUUGACCCCUGCAGUGUUAGGUUAAGGGACCACUCAUGUCACCCAGACCACUUCAUCCCAAUGAAGUGGUCUGGGUGCAGUGGUCCUGUAAUUUUAACCAUCCCAUGUAAAUAUUGCAGUUUUGUAGAAGACACAAUCUUUACAUGCAAGGGUUAAACGCACCUCUAGUGUCCUCUUAACAGCUUUUAGAGACUCUUCCAUAUCCAAGUUAAUCUCACGAAGACCAUUUGAUUGGCGCAGCACAGCAUUUGGCCACACAUGUGCACUUGCAUCCUAAUGUUUCCAAAUGAGGACACAUUGGAUUAGCUAAGAUCUUCAAUCUUGAUGAUCUCAGCGAAGGAGGCGUAGCGACUGCACAAGACCAGCACAGCAAGUGAGUAAAUGUCAGUAAAACUCAUUUUUUAAAACAUCAAAGAUGAAGGGGGCCCAUUUAUAGGUAGGGAAACACUAUAGCAUUGUUUGUAUUCCUAAUGCUUUAUGGUUCCUUUAAACAUAGAGCCAGCUGAGAGGCUUCUGAUUAGCCAGGUCACAGAAGGGCUAGGAGAUUUGUGCACGUAAGAUUUUAUAUCUUAUUUUAUUGCACAUACUUUUUAAAAAUUAUCUAUGUGAUGCAUUACAUUUUUUUUAAUAUAAUUUGUAUCCUACAGUGUUUAAGAUAUUAGAAGGAACUUAUCAAACACCAACAUGUCAGGAUUAUAUUUAACAACAAUUUGUUUAUUGAAUUGGUCCCCUGACGAGGAGGUACAGGGGUCGCAAUAAUAAUUUUUUUUUUCUUCUUCAAUGUUUGUUUAGCAUUAUUAUGUCCUGUUGAGCGCUAUUAAUCUUAACCAACUCCCGUAUUUAAUUAAAAAAAACAAAAAUAAAACCCUAUUAAAUAGAAUUAAAAACUUACCUUGAAUCCAGCAGAGUAUGAGGAUUGCUGGUCGAGGAGCCAGCAUUGCUUUGGUUCCACUCCCCAUCUAUCUAUGUCAUCUGUGGUUCAAUCAAAUGCAUGUAUACAGAUUUUAAAAACAUUUUUUUUUUACUUUUUUUGGCUGAGUAGCCAUGUUUGGUCAGAUUCUACUGUUAUCUGACCAGCUCCUGAUCAACCUAACUUUUCUGCUGUAGUUUCACACAGAAGCAAUCACAACUGCACGCAACUUAGGAUGAGCAGCAGUUGGUCAGAAAGCAGUAGAGUCUUAACAUGGUUGUUUAAAAAAGAUUUAAAAAAAGUUUUUCAUGCCUUAAAUAAAAAAUGUUUUCAUGCCUUAUAUGCUAAUAUUAAUAACUAGAUGCAAUAAAUGUGUAAUCUUGAUAUAGAUUUGUUCAUGUCUACAUUAUAAAACCUUGAUCGGAAACAGGCAGGGCCUUCAUUAUAAGUGCUACUCCUUAAUUCUAAUUCAUGUUUUCAAUUUAGGAAAGAAGGCCAUUCCUUGCGUCAGAGUGCAGUGAGCUGCCUAAAGCUGAGAAAUGGAGAAGACAAGUGUGACCUUUUUUAUUUUUUUUAAUGUGUACUGCAAUAUGAAUUAAUGCACAUUUCACAGGGCACAUAUGUAAUAUGGAACUUUGCCUUGCUGACCACAGGGGGCCUUAUAUGGAACACGUUUCUGUACUUUUAAUCUCACAGCUCUAGGUGUGAUAUGCCACCUUGUCUUGAUAACAUGGCCCCAGGUGUGGCAUACAGUGAUGUUCAAAAGUUUGCAUACCAUUGGAGAAUUGGUAAAAAUAUGUACCAUUUUUAAAGAAAACAUGAGUGAACAGGCAAAACACAUUUCUUUUAUUUCUUAUGGGAUUUAUAUUCAACUGUAGGUUAUAACAGAAUGACACAAUCCUUAAACAAAACAUGGCAACAAAGAAAAAAAAUAAAUGACCCCUGUUAAAAUGUCUUCAUACCCUUUGCUCUUAAUACUGUGUAUUGCCCCCUUUUGUAAUAGUUGAUAAUGAGGCCCCUACUUCUUGCAGGUGGUAUAGUUGCCCAUUCGUCUUGGCAAAAUUAAGUUCAGGAGACUGUGAUGGCCACUCCAGAACCUUUAUCUUUUACAACUAGUAAAGGCUUCUUUCUGUCAACUCGACCAUGCAGCUCAUUCAGGUAUCUUUCUACAACCACAUUGUCUUUUUCCAGAGCAGCCUGUAUUUCUCCUGAGGUUAACUGUGGGUUUUUCUAUGUAUCCCAAACAAUUCUUCUGGCAGUUGUGGCUGAAAUAUUUAUUGGUCUACCUGACCUUGUCUUUGGUAUUAAUAGAUUCCAGAAUUUUUCACUUCUUAAUAAGUGAUUGAACAGUACUAACUGGCAUUUUUAAGGCUUUAGAUAUCUUUUUAUAUCCUUUUCCAUCUUUAUAAAGUUCCAUUACCUUGUUACGCAGGUCAUUUGACAGUUCUUUUCUGCUCCCCAUGGCUUAUUAUCUAGCCUGCUCUGUGCAUCCAUGCAAGAGCAAACACUCAUUGACUAUUUAUACACAGACACUAAUUGCAAUUUAAAAAGCCACAGGUGUGGGAAAUUAACCUCUAAUUGUCAUUUUGACUUGUGUGUCACCUUGUGUGUCUGUAAAAAGGCCAAACAUUCAAGGGUAUGUAAACUUUUGAUCAGGGCCAUUUGGGUGAUUUCUGUUCUCAUGAGUUAAGAAGGAGCCAAACAACUAUGUGAUAAAUGGAUUCACAUGAUCACUAUCCUUCAAUAAAAUAAAUGCUUUUGCAUGAUCAGUCAUAUUUUCAAAAUCAAAGCCAAAAAUUCACAAUUUCUGCCAGGGUAUGCAAACUUUUGUGCACAACUGUAAGCCAAAGUACUGACCAUGUGAAUUAAGUUAAAUGUGCACCUCUGUCCUGUUAGUUGUAUUUCCUAGAAGUCUGCCUCAUAACUUCAUGUCAUUGGUAACUUAUGGACAUAUUCUUGGAGCAAUCGUUUAAAUCCAUCUCCUCAAAUAAAAUAACGCAUGUCUGGGCUCUACAAAUCCCAGGCACCAGGUCGCCAUGGCGACUAGAACGUGUAUAGUUUUUGUGUAUAGAUCAUGCCUCUGCAGUCUCACUGCUCAAUUCUCUGCCCUUUAGGAAUUAAAACACUUUUGUUUCUGUUUAUGCAGCCCUAGCCACACCUACUCGGCUGUGACUGACACAGUCUGCAUGAAAAAAUGGUUUCCAUCUCACUUAGAUGUAACUUACGUUAAAGGUUUUUUUUUAUCUCCUAUUCUGUAGAUUGAACUUUAAUCACACGCACAGGAGGCUCCUGAAGGGUCUAAAAAGCUUAAGAUAAGCCAUUCUAAAUUAUACAGAAUUUGCAAUAAAGAAGGUGUAAACAUCAGACGACUCUUUAAAGGAAGUGUUUAAGAAAGCUGUGCAAGUUACAUGCAGGGAAGUGUGCCUAGUGCUGUAUAAACAAAGUGAUUUAACUCCUACAUGGCAGAGAAUUGAGCAGUGAGACUUCCGAUCUAUAUACAAUAACUGCUUCAUUAAAGGACCACUAUAGGCACCCAGACCACUUCAGCUUAAUGCCACGCAUGCGCAUUCAGUCGAUGAUGGAAGAAGAGGGAGGAGGGUCCCGGCGCUGGAAAAGAGGUAAGGGUUUAACCCCUUCCUCUCGCUCCAGCCCGGCGGGAGUGGGACCCUGAGGUUUUUUCCCCCUUGACUAUAGUGUCCUUUUAAAUGAAAAGAAAAUAAAGAUGCUUUAGGAAUAACUAGCAAUGAGCUUCUGGAACCAAUCCAAUUUUGAAGUGAGCCAUGGAGAAAUGUAGGAUUGCAGUACCAAGUUGAUGGAUCCAUUACCAGUGAAAGGAUUGAUUGGGGAACAACUAGUUAUAAUCUCAGUAUUUUACUGGGUUUGCAUCAUGAUCUAUUAUCCAAAUAGCGAUGGAGAGGGUUUUGAAAGCCUCUCGGGAAGAUUGUAUCAAGUGUAAAAAUCCAAAAUGCGUUCCGCCUCAGGAGUUCCUUCUUGGGGUUACCACCCCAUGGUAUUGGAGGAAUGUGGUCAAUUCAUACAGGUUUCAACAUAGUAAGAGAGUGUAGUGAAGUAUUUUUACUGCAUGGAGGGCCUGAUCAUCAGAGAGCGUGCUAUGCCGCCCUAAUGGCGUUACAGCCCUCCUUUAGUAGGACGGCAUAGCUAGAUCUGAAAAAGCAUAAGAAAACUUUUGUAAGGCUUUUGCAACUGUUGAGUCCAUUUAAUUUAUGUAAAUAAUGUCACCGUGCUUGUUAUUGUUAUAAAAUAUUUUCAGUAAUUCUUGUGUUUUUAUCAUUUACAUCAAACAGAUUAUUGGUGAAAUUUCAAAGAAAGUCGCACAGAUCCAAAACGGUAUGAAUUAUUUUAGAAAUAAUUGAUCGGAUUAAGAUAUGUAAUUUCCAUAAACAGUGGUUGUUGCAUUUCUGCAUAUAUGCAGUAAAUUGCAGUAAUAUAUAAAACAUUGAUUUUCUCACCCUUCCUGGGUGGUAUGUUUAUUCCUCAUUCUUGGAUCCUCUACCAGAGGCCUGGAAGUUUGAGGGUUCUUCGCAGUAUCUUAUCUGUUCCUAGAACUGCACUCUUCUGGACAUUGAUCUCAGAUGUCCCACCUGGAAUCUAUUGAAGCCACUCCCCCAACUUGGGAGUCACAGCCUUGAGUGCUCCUAUCACAACUGGGACUAAUACUGCUUUCACUUUCCACAUCCUUUCUAGUUCUUCUUUCAGUCCUUGGUAUUUGUUCACCUUCUCAUGUUCCUUCUUCCUGAUGUUAUAGUCACUGGGUAUUGCCACAUCCACCAUGACUGCAGUCUUUUGUUCCUUGUCUACCACCUGUCUGGAUCUUGAAGUCCCACAGGCUAAGGCCCUGUCAUUCUCAACUACCCUUUGUGGUAUCUCCCAUCUGGACAUAGGCAAGUCCAAUCCAUAUUCUGUGCAGAUGUUUCGGUACACAAUCCCAGCAACUUGGUUGUGUCUCUCCGUGUAUGCUGUUCCUGCUAACAUCCUUCAUCUGGCUACUAGGUGCCGGCCUCUUUGCACAGUCUGCACCCUGGGUCUUGCCUGGUGUGGUAGACCCCAGCUUCUAUUGAUCUGGUGCUGAGUGCCUGCUCCUGUGCUGCUAGGAUUAGCCACAUCCACUAUCUGCCGGUGGUGCACCCCAUGGAGAGGUUUGUCUUGCCAAGUCUCUGGCAUUCCCUAAGCAGUUAAUUUUUGGGAGCCAUCUUUGUGAUGUGCUUGUGGCUGUUCUGUGUUUCAUCCAGUAAUGUGGCCUUGACACUCAUCAGGUGUCGGGUGGAAUCCUCCAUUCAUAGUGAGUAGUUUCCUGGUCUUGACAUCCAUGGUGACCAGUUCUUCUCUUGGCCAGGUUAUUAUUUCAGAUGGGCACCUGAUGACCAGUAGGGCAUAUGUGUUGAUGGCUUGGAUCCUGUUCUUGCCAUUGAGCUGGGACCUCAGGACCUGUCUGACUCUUUGAAUGUUGCUAUCCUCUUUGCCUCUUCCUCAUUAGUUUGUGGUACCCCCAGGUACUAGUAGCUUUUUAUUUUUUUAUUAUUUUUUUCUCUCCCUCUCCCUCUCCCUCUCCCUCUCCCUCUCCCUCUCCCUCUCCCUCUCCUCUCCCUCCCUCUCCCUCUCCCUCUCCCUCUCCCUCUCCCUCUCCCUCUCCCUCUCCCUCUCCCUCUCCCUCCCUCUCCUCUCCCUCUCCCUCUCCUCUCUCCCUCUCCCUCUCCUCUCCUCCCUCCCCCUCCCCCUCCCCUGAGUAUACACCAGGCUCUACAACGCUACAUCUUGCUGGCCCCGUUACCUCCCCCUUUGGUGGUGGUUAUCCCGGUCCCCACUGGGGAAGCUGCCGCACUCCCCGUCAUCUGCACUGUAAAAUAUCUGUACACAGAGGCACUUAGGCCUGCUUUACAAGAUGAUGGUGCGACAACAUGUAGCUGACUCAACCCAGCAACUAGCCGCUGACUAAAUAAGACUGGCUGUUCGAGCGAUUUUUGGAGAUAUUGCAUCAGCGUGCGAAUGCACACAUACCUCUCUACCAUCAACAACAUCCCAGGCUGGCAGAAUUGAGUUUUACUCCAGUCACUGGGCGGCAGAAGUACCUUCCUGGGCUGGGAACCAAGGGGGGUUGAUGCCCCCCAUGAUGCCCACACCAACGGAGGGUAUUGGGGCAGAGGCGUCGGCAACAUCCAAAUCCGCGCCUUCCCUGGAAAAAGGCUCCGGACUUUGUUAAUGUCUGGGACAGUGGAGCUGGAGUGCAGGUUCCUGUGAAGGCCAUGAUGUGGUUCCGGGGUUCUCAUUGGGCUCCUGUGAACAUAACAUCUAUGGUGCCAUUGCUUAGUGAGGGGAUAGGCCAUGUUGCUGCCUGUCGGACAGGUUCUCUAUAUGCUCCUGUUUAUUACAAUGUUUUUUUUUCUUUGUGCCUGUCUGUACAUAAUGCCACUGAUUCCCAGUCAAAUUACUUUUAUGCCAACUUCUUGAGAUGCAGGACCCCCAAGUGGUUUAUAUACACUCAGUUGUGUUAAUGGUUAGUCUAAUAUGCCUACAUUUACCUAUGGUUUUUCAAGCUAGAUAAUACAAUUGUCUUUUAUAAAACCAUCAAUUCACGCUGGCUGACAAGCCAGACUAAUCAGCUACAUGUCUUACACCCUUUUUAUUUUUUCAUGAGAGUGCAUAUCUUGAGUUUAUUUUUACCUAGACAUGUAUGCCCAGCAUGAAUCUUCUAAUUCUUACUUCAAAAUUGUGCAGUUUAGCAUGACUUUAAGCUUUAGCUAUACACCUGGUUUUUCUCUCGUUCUGUUUUUACGUCCUAUGUCAUUGCCACUCUGUCUGUACCACUGCACUGCAAAACACUUGUGAUGUUAAACUCUCAAAAAAAAAAAAAAAUUACAAAAAGUGCAGGUCUCUUGGCAUGUCCUGUCUGAUAUAUGCAAUGAGUCACAUUUACUCUUGAUAUGUCAGUAAAAGUUUGUAUGUCUAUCUAUGCAGUACAAAAAUAAGGAAUUAAAAUAUAGUAUGAAUGUGCAGCCACAUGCUACAUAACUAAUUCCUAUUCCAUACUAAAUAACCUUUAGACGAUAAUGUAUCUAAAAUAAAAAACUAUCUUUAGAUGGGUUUUUCCUCCAAAAGCAUUUUAUUAAAAUAAAUCUAAUUUAAAAAUCAUUGACUGUAUACACUCUGGUUAUAAAUUACAGCAGAGUCUCUGUGUUCACAAAUGUGGUAUACAGUAGCCUAUUUGUGUUUGCAACUGUGGUAUACUGAAGCCUAUGAAUUGUGAUUGUGUUUUUUGUUUGUUUUUUGUUUUUUGUAGCUGGUCUUGGUGAAUUCAGAAUACGAGACUUAAAUGAUGAAAUUAACAAACUAAUCAGAGAAAAGGGUCACUGGGAGGUCCGCAUCAAAGAACUGGGUGGCCCAGACUAUGGGGUAAGAUAACUCAAGGUGGUUCAUUUUAUAUCCCUUUUUGAUUCAUGCGUGUAGUCUGGGAUUGAUUUUCAUUUGAUUGGCAUCAAUUGAGUUUAAUCUGCACAUUUGCAUUUCUUGCCACAACACUGAUUAGAGCACGCACCACUGGACUGUAAAAUUGGUGUUUGUGAUACCUUUGAUGCUUCUGGAUCUUUAAAAUCAUACUUUGAAUACAAACUAAAAUUCACGCAGAAAUUGUAUAUGUAAUGCCCUUGCAUAUCACAAGCCUUAAAGAGACACUGUAACAUGGAACUUGUAUAUCUCCUAUCGUUUCCUCUUUUCUUCCUCUCUGAAUCUGUUCUUUUUUAUUUUUUCUUUAUUUCUGCUCUCAUUUUCUUUAAAACAUAAGACAAAUUAGGGGCAAUAAACAUACAAAUAUACAGUAAAAUCAAAAAAGCGCAAAUAAAAUCUAAAAUAAUAAAAUACAGGUAUUUGGUAAUGGAGUGAAAGCUGCUAAACUCAUGAAAGGUGAUUCCUAAGGACCUUUAAAAACAAACUAUGUAGAAAGUGUCAGCGCUUUAAAAGUUUUCCCCUUCAUUUUUAUAAAAAAAAAAAGUGGGGGACUAAACGUGACAGUAUAUUGAUUUUCCGAAAAGUCUUUAUCCACCUCCACAGUGGUGGAUGUGCAUUCGUCAGAUUAGAUGACCGUGUUUCUGGUAUUGUGAUCAGACAUGAAAUAGUGUUGAAAAUCCACAGCUCAGUAUCCGAUUAAUGUUUUUGCAAAAAAAUACUUCUAGCGGGAUAAAAUCAAGCACAGUUUAUUUAACAGAAAUAAAAGAAAAAAAAAAUCCUUAUCCAAAAUGAAAGAAGUGGUAUAAAGUAUAAUGGUAACCACUAAUAAGUCCAGUACAUGCAGUGGAUGGGUGAAAAAGUGUUACCCUUCCGUUGAAGCAGCUGAAACAAUACGAAGUCCUUUCUUCAAGCCGCAAUAAUGAUGGUGAAACCGGAGGGACGCCUUUGCUUCAAACCGCUAAAAGUUACUGAUGGUACCGGAGAGAUGAAGAUGAAUGUAAGCUAAAUCCUCAGCUCAUCAACGCGUUUCGCCUGUACUUUUUCAAGAUAUAUACAAUGUAAAAUUAUCUAUCAAUUCAGGUGUACAUACAAUUAUCAUCUAUGCAAUUACGAACUCUAAAAAUGAUACAACAUAUUAAUAUCAAUGUAUAGAGACGUUCGGUUUAGGAGAAUAUACUAAAAAUAAUCAUAGUAUAACAUACACAGGGAGAUCAAUGUAAGUGGGAUUUUUGCUUAAGGGGUUAAACCACUACAUAGUCCGUAGUACUAUGGAAGUUUUUUUGUUUUGUUUUUUUCCUCCCAGUUAAUAGUUGUGAUUGGUUACUAGCAUUGAGUAAUGUUCCUGGUGCCAAAUUGCCUUUCGGUAGCUUAUCAAGUAGCUGUUUAUAAUGAAUUAAUUUUUCUUUCUCCUAUAAAAGCGUAUUGGACCCAAGAUGCUUGAUCAUGAAGGAAAGGAAGUGCCUGGGAAUCGGGGCUAUAAAUACUUUGGUGCAGCUAAAGAUUUGCCUGGUGUGCGAGAGCUGUUUGAAAAAGAACGUAAGUGAAUUGGAAAAGUUACCAAAGAACAAAAACUCAUGACUUUUAUUAUUAGCAGAAUCUUCUGUUAAUGAUAUGGUGUGAUAGCGACUGGGAAGACAGAGACAGGGCGAUUCUAUCCUCAGCUCAGUAAUUGGAACGGGGCAGAUUUUAGAUUUUGAUUUUGACAUAUGUAUGUCCGGCACUGGCCUUAGAUUAAAUAAACUCUAACACUUAUUUAAAAAAAAAAAAAAAUCUAAAACAUACAUAAUUUUGAAAUUCCCUCAGCCUUGUCAUAGCUUGUUUCCAGAAUCCCUCAGCAGUACAGUAUUUAUUUUAACAUAUGGCAUACUCACAUAGUAGCAUGUUAGUGUGUGUCUGAAUGCAGAGCUGUAAUUGUAGUGUGAGUGCUUCUUUGAGUUUAAUAAUUCAAGCAGUUAUAUAAAUUCAAGUUUAAAUGCAGGGGUGUAUUAGUGUGGAGUAACUGUGUGACUGCAGCAGUGUUUGCUAAAUCAGGAGUGUAUGCACCUUUUUUAUCUCCUCCCCAUUUUCCUUACUCUUAUCAUCCAUGUCCCAUCUCUCCGUGCUUCUACCUUUUCUUAUCCAUAACACCUCUCCCAUGGCUUCUUCCUCUUCUCAUCCAAGACCCCUUGUCUCCCUGUUCCACUUCCCUGUCCACGUCUGGUGCUACUUGCAUAGUAGAGAGCAUGCACCCUCAGCCUUGGUAUCUUGGGGCAUGGGUGAGGCGCAAGGAGUUGUGUUAAUGUUAUAAAUGCAGCAGCCUCGGUGCUUGCUCUGUAGUUUUGUGCUUGGAGAUGUUUGUUUAUUUUUUUUUUAAUCACUCGAUUCAUUGUGCUGUAAUCCAUGCCAUGUACAGCAGCUCUGGUCUGUGAGCUUUUUACCCAGUGCUCAAAAUAAAUAGCUGGGUCAUUCACUCACCUUUAUGAUAUGGAGCUGGUUCGGGUCAGUUUGUAAUGGUAUCAGGCUGUUGCCAUGCUUAUUUGGGGAUGCUGUAAUUAACAUUUUCGUAAUAUAUGAAAGAAGUAGGAAAAAUAGUCUAUGGUAUAAUAUUUAAAUUCCGCUUUUAUGUCAGCCUGCGUUAUAAGUUCGGAAGAAUUCUGACCCCCAUUAAGGGCAUGGAAAUUGAGCAGAAUAAAAAGUCUGUAAGCAAAUUGUGUAUAAUGAAUAGAACAGGAAAUGUAUAAUUCGAGUCUCAUGGCUAACUGAAUUAUUUGAAUUACCCGUUGUUUCAUGUUCAUCUGAAUAUUGAUUUAUCUAGUUAUCUUACAUUUUUGAUAUUCUUGAUCACAUGUAACUACAAAUUGAUAAAUAUUACAAGAGACUGAAACAUAUUAAUACUUAACAAAGAAUUGUGCCUUCCUGAGUAGUUAGAGUUCUUUGUUCCUUCACCCCAGUAAACUAGUGCAGCCUUUUCUGGGGGAAAUAUUUUACCAGAGACAAAGGAUCACCACUACAGAUGAUGCAAAGAGGUCAUUCUCCAUGGGGGGAGGGGGUGAGAUCAAAUAUAAGCUUUACUGGCCAAGCCUAAUACCGGGGUGCAGAGUCAUUACCCGCUCACUGGGGCAUAGCAUGAUAGUUCUGCUUCUCCUUUCUAACUGAAAGGGAAUACACUUUUUUUUUUUUUAAUGCUAUAAAAAAAAAGCCUCUAUCUAGCUGCAAACCGCUCCCAGCAAUCGAGCAUUCACUACAAACAGAUUCCUCCACUCACGGUAUACCAUAAAUUACCCCCUACACAUAAAUAAUCACACACGUAUGAACCACCACAAAAACCCUCCAACACAGCAACAAGAGUUCUGUCCUUUUGUCAUUCCAUGUCCCACCAGAGACACGUUACCAGGAAAUACAGCACAAGCAUAUUAUUAUAUAAACGUGCUCUGUACUAUUUAAAACCAGGUCAUUUUACCUGUGUAAGAGCAACUCAAGCAGUACUCAGUACAUUGGCUGCCCUGGGGGGGACCGAACUAAUGUGCCCACUUUGGGGGGGGGGGGGUGUUUGGCCACACACCACCUGUUGUGUUGCUCUGCCUUUAAAUGCCUAGGUCGAACUUCUUGUCCUAGUCCAAACCAACCAUAAUUUUGUGAAUUUGUCUUAUUUAGCGGUUCCUCCUCCACGGAAAACACGCACUGAACUGAUGAAGAAUAUUGAUGCCGAAUAUUAUGGCUACAGGGAUGAGGAUGACGGUGUAUUGGUGCCUUUGGAACUGGAUGAAGAGAAAAAAGGUAUUUUCGUUGCAGUAUUAUCUUCUUCGCUGUAUGCAUACGUUACAUAUUAAAUCUUUGUUUAAAACCUUUUAACAUUAUAGGUUUUUAGUUCUCUUGUGAAGAUUGUGUUUUUUGUGCCAUAAACCAUUAUAAGAUCCACAAGUAUCAUAUUGGCAGGUCCUCACAAACACGCAGUGGCAAUAAGCCAUAGCGUGGAUUCAUAGAAAAGAUAGAUUAUGUAAAAAUCUUACAAAUAGCUUAAUACCUGUAAAACCAUUACGACAAUGAAAAUAGCUGAAGCUUGCCAUUCUGCGCCGUUUCUGUUAUGUUUGCAUUGAACAUUUGCUAAAAUUGUCAUAUUUAGGCUUUCAUUCAUGAAAUAAAUAGGCUUAAAGUUUGAUUUUGGAAAAACAAGUUUCACUAGACGUUUUGAGACUUAAUAUUGUAACUUAGUUGUUGAUUCAACACAAGUCACAAAUAUGUAUGAGUAGAACUUCCUCAAUAGCAAUAUGCCAAAGGAUGGGCUGGGCCAAGGGUGCCAGGGACACUCAAUUUCAGAUUGCUCACAUAGUUUGACACCGGGAGACCACACCAGCAGCAUACUGGCACCAUAAUCACUACAGUAGGCUGCAGUGGUUUUGGUGCUUAGUGUCCCUCCACAUGAAUAAAAUGCUUAGUUGUUACACUCUAUGAAAACUGAGAUGGAGUAGUGCAUUCAAAAAUAUGUAUUCUCUGUUCCGCUGCUAAAAUAUCUUAGGAACAGACCAGAAUAGAUUUUACUAGCCAUUAUUUUAAUUUAGAAAAAAAUGGCUAUUUUCAUAUUUUAUUCACAAAGUAGGUGUCUCUCACCAUUGAGAAAUAUCAGUACGUGAAUAGCACCCAGUUAAGCAUGGACAAUAUGACCAUCACUAACAGUUGUCCUGUAUAUAUAAAUGAGCAGUCUUGUAUUCACUACUGUACAGAAUAAAAUGAUUUUGCCAGAGAUAAAGUACUCUCAUAGACAUGAUAAUAAACCUAGCUGGUGAGGGAGAACACACAGAGAAGCUUUACUCUGCCACCUCUCUGCUUCUACUCCUGGAAUACCAAGUUCCCAAACCGAAGAGGUGGGGCUAUAUUGACUGUCACCAUACAGAAAAAAAAGACAUUUGUCAACCUGAUAUAGGUUUUUGCUCUCUCUAACACCUGACUGCCUAUAAAGGUUAUUUAUCUGUGGGACCUAAUACCCAAGCUAUGAAAGGACACAAAUCCAUAACUGUUAAGCUUUAAUUAGCACUUUACAAAAUAAAAUUGCUGAUAGAAGCAGUUACUGGAGAUAGAAAAUGGUUAGGUGGCUAUCUGAAUGGUCAAACCAAAAUGUAAUUUAUGUGUAUAAGAGAGAAACCACUUGCCUUCCAAAUAGGGACACUGUUCGUACCAUAACUACUACAGCUCAUUGUAGUGAUACUGGUGCAGAGAGUUAGUGGGCCCAGUUUGCAUCAAACCAUUUUUGAACGGUUUGUCAAAAAAGGGUUCUCCCGGCUCCUACACUUUGCCAGCCUUGCCUGCUGCUUGACCAAUGUAAAGAGGAACAUCCACAUUUGCCUAUUUAGCUUUGGACACCAAUGAAAAAAUGAAAGUUCUCUCAGCCUGCUGGCUUGUUGUCCAUACUGUAAUCUGUGUAAAUUGAAAUAAAUACACAGAAUAGAAAUUGUAUUCCGAAGUAUGAUGGGGGAUGUAAAAGUCAGCACUGGAUAAAGGAAAGUCUCUAAAAACCUUUCUUUCUCCUUGCUGUUUUUUGUUAACAAUAUUAAAUGCAUAGAAUAAAUAAAAUUAAAAGGAAAAAAAAACUACUAUGCUGUUUUUAAUGUUGGUAAAAAACCAUCAUGGACAAACUUUAUUAAAAGUACAGUACGAGGUAGUGACAAGGUCCAUUGGCAUCCUACCUCCUGCAAUCACAUAAUUUAACCAUACAACUUCAUUGGUUAGAUUUAAUCUAAAAUAUUCAAAGGAAGAGUGUUUAGGGCAUGAUUUGUGGACCCAGGACAUACUUGAAAACAAGAGAAAUCUCAAUGUAUCUUUCCUGGUAAAAUAUUUUAUAAAUAAUUUCUACACUUGUGAUAUACCUAUUGUAUCUUGUAAAUUGACCAGUCCGGACACUUUCUUCUUUAGCUAUUGCUGCAGCUGUUCAAAAAUGGAAAAUGGAGAAAGAAGCCUACCUGGCAACAGAAGACAAGAAUGAGGACGACGAGGAAGUCAACAUCUAUGCAGUGACUGAUGAGGUACGAGGGCUUGCCCUCUUUGGAUUAAGCACCGAGUGGUUAUGCAUGGCACCAUAUAAUCUUUUUAUAUUACAUUAGUCAGUCUUCUUCACUUGAGCAUUCAUGCGCACAGCACAAUUUCCUACUUGUUUCAGAGAGCUGUGUUUGUACGUGAAUGCGAACAGCACAGUUUCUGCAAGUUAAGAAGCCUUUACAAAGAGUAAUCAGGUAUGCUGUAAAAAUAGGGAAAGGGUGGCAUCUGGGAUUACAAACAGAGAGCAUUCCUAGUAUUAUGAACACUACACUAAACCUGUUGUGGUUAUGAUGCUUGAAGUGUCCUUUUUAAUCUCUUAUGCUCUUACAAGUAACUACAUCAUAUUGCCAAAAUUAUCACACCUUUAUAAGCUGUUUGGACAUCCCAUUCCAAACCCAUAGGCAUUAAUACAGCACGACCCAGGCCUGAUAAGCUACUUGACACUGCAGGGCUAAAUGUUCUAUCUUGAGUGGUGCAACAGUUAAUAUGUGAUUUUAUUCACUCACAAAAAAGAAAUCCCAACAAUCCCACUAAAACAUAGGGAAAACAAACGAGUGAAAACACAGUGAAAUGUAAAGAAUAAAUUAAGAGACCCUAAUAUUUAUAAGGAACUAAGAUAAAAUAAAAAAUUAAUAAUAAGCUAAUUACACAGUGAUUAUAAAGACUCGUCUGAUGGAAAAGAGAAGUGAGGAGAGGGCAUAAUAGUGGUAAUCUCCACCCUGUCUCUACACUUCAAUAAAGAUAGUGACUAAGUCCUUUUCAAGGAAGAAGGAGAAUGGAUCCCUUCUCGAACUAUCUCAAGGUAUAGAAACCAAAGUGGAGCAGGUAUUUGUGGGACCGAAUGGGGGAGAGGCAAACAUAAAAACAGAGAAAAGAGGGAGCUACCAACAAUCCCAAAGUCUACACCCCCUCAAAUACAGUCUCAGAAAAGGUAUAAGGAUUAAAGGGACACUAUAGUCACUAGAACAACUACAGCUUAUUGAAAUUGUUCUGGUGAGUAGAAUGAUACCCUUUAUGCUUUUUGCUGUAAACACUGUCUUUUCAGAGAAAAUGCAGUGUUUACAUUACAGCCUAGGGAUAACUUCACUGGCCACUCCUCAGAUAGCUGUUAGAGAUCCUUCCUGGAUCAUGGCUGCCUAAAAUGCAUCCAAACAUUCAGUAUCUCCUCCCUCUGCAUGCAGACACUGAACUUUCCUCAUAGAGAUUCAUUGAUUCAAUUCAUCUCUCUGAGGAGAUGCUGAUUGGCCAGGGCUGUGUUUGAAUCAUGCUGGCUCUGUCCCUGAUCUGCCUCUUUGUCAGUCUCAGCCAAUCCUAGGGGGAAGCAUUGUGAUUGGGUCAGGCCACCACUUCUGAUGAUGUCAGCAGACUGCUUGUUUUUUUUUUUUUGAGGCAAACAGCAUGCAGAUCUACAGCUUCUUGCAUGAAUACAGUAAGAUGUUGCUAUAUUCAUGGAGGCAUGAGGGGCCCAGGGGGGCUAGAUGGUGGUUUUAACACUAUAGGGUCAGGAAUACAUGUUUGUGUUCCUGACCCUAUAGUGAUCCUUUAAUACAAAAUCUCCUCGACAUAGGCCUAAUAGCACCUCACCCCAAUAAAGCCCAUAAUGCAAGAGAUGGGGAAAUCCUUUAGCCCAAAGAGGGAAAAUAUGAGACAAAAACUAGCACUAAAAGGAAGAGUCAAACAAGUACUGUCCUUGGUUACCUUGGCAAUGCAAGACACUAGUGCUUACAUGCACCAAAUGUCCCUCAGACAGGUCUAAAGCAGAAUCUAAGGUACAAAAAAAGCGCUUCCCAUAGUGUAGAAACAAUAAAUGAAAACGCCCGACACCCAUUUUAGCCUUCCCCACACCGUCGUCAGGGUCAAAGUGACACACUUUGCUAUGUAGUGUAUGUAAUACUUUAUCGUAUAAUUUACCAGUUGGUUAUGUUUAAUGCUUUAUGCUGUUAUUGAAAGUAAGGUUUAUUUAACCUAGAUGCAGUGAGUUGGGAACACUUGACUCUAACUUAUUCUGUAUUUAAUAAUUCAGCAUAGCCUGCAUUUGAAUGUCAAGUAGAAUUCAAAGUCUGUUCUGAAGGAAAUUACUGGAACAAGAAGCAAAUGACAAGCAGGCUGUUCCUGAUGACUAGAGUAAUUAAAACUAUAAAUUGAAUAAACAUGGAAUUAUUGCAGCACGGUUGGUAAUUAUUUUUGUUGAUCAUGAGCUAAGCUUAGGAUAGAUAAAUCAGUAUCCUGUUACAAAAGCUUUCUUGUUACUUAAUCAGAUAAUGCAGAUUUUGGCUUAGGACUCGUUUUGGUUGGGUAGAUUUCACCUUAAAUUGACUACUCCUUAAUAAAGAUUUCCAUAUGGGAUCAGCUUGGAAAUGAUCACUUUGAUCAUCUCAAUGCAGAUUCCUGCCCAUAUAGAAUUGAAAGUUUGUAUGCUUAUUUUGAGCAUUAAGCAAUACUGAUUUCCCCCCAGUCUCUUUGUAAAAUGAUCCUCUUUAAAUUCUCAAGCAAAUGUUCUGUGUUAUUGUAACAUGCAAGUUUUUAAAAUUUUAAGAAAUGUCUCAUUUUUAGAAAGUGUAAGCAGAAUUCUCAGUUAUGUCUUAGGAUCUUAACUGGCAAGCACAAUUGUUAGUGUUAAAAUUGAUUUAUUCACAAAUGUCUGACCUGUUCAUACUGGUGUCUAGUACCAUGUGCUUAAUCCUCAAACUGUGAAUUGUGUGUGAUUUGGUUGGUUUAUAGAAUCUUUAACAAAGCAUGUUUGGUCAGAGGGCAAAGGCCCUCGUUAUUGAAUAUAGUCAGGGUGUCCGCAAGAGUACGUGACCAAGAAUGACGAUAAAGUAAUGUUGCAUUUGUCCACAAAAGUGUUGGUUUUUUUUUUGUUUUGUUUUUAAUGAUAUUGUGCAAUCAUCUGUAUAUAUUUUUGCAUAACCAGUGCUUUAUUAUAGAGUUACUCAUUAUGCCAACAUGGUUAUCUGUUCAUUGUUAACUAAUUGUUCAUUUAUUAGAAAUUAAUUUAAUUUUUAAAGUCCCAGAAAGACAAAAUCAUAUGUUCACAUUUGUAUUUUUGCUUAUUGUCUGAAGUGGUAAAUAUAUAAUUUUAUUUCAUUAUUUCAUAUUUGGCAUGCACACUCUAAGCAGUAAUGCUUGAGUGUUUUGAAGUGCACAUGGUGCUUUGAUUCUGUAUGUGCAAUGUUUCACUGAGAAACAGAACUUGACUACCAGAGGUAUAACUCCACCUCCUGUAGCAUCAUUAACCCCUUAAGGACACAUGAUUCCCUUUUAUUCCAGAAGUUUGGUCCUUAAGGGUUUAAAGGGACCCUAUAGUCACCUGAACAACUUUAGCUUAAUGAAGCAGUUUUGGUGUAUAGAACAUGCCCCUGCAGCCUCACUGCUCAAUCCUCUGCCAUUUAGGAGUUAAAUCCCUUUGUUUAUGAACCCUAGUCACACCUCCCUGCAUGUGACUUGCACAGCCUUCCAUAAACACUUCCUGUAAAGAGAGCCCUAUUUAGGCUUUCUUUAUUGCAAGUUCUGUUUAAUUAAGAUUUUCUUAUCCCCUGCUAUGUUAAUAGCUUGCUAGACCCUGCAAGAGCCUCCUGUAUGUGAUUAAAGUUCAAUUUAGAGAUUGAGAUACAAUUAUUUAAGGUAAAUUACAUGUUUGAAAGUGAAACCAGUUUUUUUUUUCAUGCAGGCUCUGUCAAUCAUAGCCAGGGGAGGUGUGGCUAGGGCUGCAUAAACAGAAACAAAGUGAUUUAUCUCCUAAAUGACAGUGAAUUGAGCAGUGAAAUUGCAGGGGAAUGAUCUAUACACUAAAACUGCUUUAUUUAGCUAAAGUAAUUUAGGUGACUGUAGUCACUUAAACUGAGAGGACUGAGUUGCUAAUGCCAGCAUUCUGCACAGUUUUCAGUUGUCAGCAUGCUUAGAAUGCUAGUCACUCACGACAAAACUACAAAUGAUGGCAUGGUGCUUGAAGUGUUCUCUUAAUAAAGAAUUUGACUGGGUGUCCCAUCUCAGGCCAAAAGGGCAGAACUGGGUAAAUUUUACAACUCAACAAUUUGUUUUGCGCAUCCAGUAUAGGUGUGCCCAGGUGCCACCACAAUUUAUUUGAGGACAAAGUUAAAACCGCAAACGUUUCGAGCAGCAGCCCUUUCUCAAUGCUAAUAUACACUGUUGGAACUUCAAUGUGGAGUAUCUGCAACACAGGUCUAACUUUUUCUUUGUUUAUAUUUUGAAUUUUGUAGGCAUUUUUUUUGUUUUGUUUUUUUUUUUUUAGUGUGGCUAUUUAGCCUAAAAUUUACAAUUCCCUGGUUUAGUGAAUGUGUCUUGAAAGUUUUGUUUAUUUUAGAAUGUCAUAAAUUAACUAAACUAUUGUAAAAAUGUAAUAUUGUAUAAAUGCUAUGUACAGGAAAUAGGCCUUUUCCUAAAAUGUGCAGAUUCAGAUAUUUUUGAUGUCACACACAUUGUCCAUAUAAUGUGUGUUGUUUUUGUUGGUAUUGUUUACCAUGUUUGUAUAUUAUUGCAUAGUAAUACUUGUUUGUUACUGGAGUUCAGUCUUUUUUUUCCUCUGACAGAUUUAUACUGUCAUGAGACUUAUUACAUGAAAUUAAAUUUUAAUUAUUAACUCCUUGUAUUUUAGACGGGUGAAGACAGUGACAAUGACAUGGAAGGAGAAGAGGGGCAGCAAUUUAUCGCUCAUGUACCAGUACCAUCCCAAAAAGAGGUGAGUGAGACCCUUACACAUGGCCUGUUCUAACCAUCGGACAUUGGUUAAAUUCUACUGAAUCACAUUUAUUGGUUGUAUAAUAUUUCUCAGAGCGGGAGUAGUUUUAAAUAUAGGAGAGGUGGGUUUGGUAUUGUGUCUUACACAGAAACUGUUAUAUGACCACAUGUUUUCGCUGCUCCUUUGCUGUCGAUGUGUCAUGAGUGUUUCUAAAUCUGUCUCCAGCAAACAGUCAAUAAUAGCAGUGAAAUCGGUCAGUUUCAAAGCCCGCAAGAAUGUCAUUUUUGUUUAAUAAUAAAACUCUUCUAAGAUUGAGGGAUUGUGAUAAAAUGAAUAUUUUGGUACAAACCUGGGAAGGAAUUACAUGUUAUCUAUGUAUAACAUACCUUAAAAUGACUGUUUUCAGUGAGAUGUUUUGAUUUCUGGUAUAUGUUUAUUUAGCACCUCAAAAUUUGAUCAAAUGAAUGUUUCCUGCAAGUGCUCAGACUUGGUAAUUUGCUUUGCUGGUCACACAGGAACAUAGAAAUAUUCUCUGAUUUAAGUAACUCAGACAAACAUUACACAUGUGAUCAAGCAAUUUAUAUUCCUGAUAUACUGUGUGCAGUACCGUCCUGUAUUCUACAUUAAAUGUGCAUUUCAUCAGAUUUUUUUUCGGGUUUAAAAUGUUUGCAUAUUCUUCUAGCUGAUUACUUUUUCCAAUAUGAAUGUUUGAUAAUUCCAAACAAUUAAAUAAUUAAUCCUUCCAACACUAAUUGUUAGUGUGAGAUAUGUAAUAAAACUGGUCUUGGGCAGGAUAAGAGUGCAUAUAGUUCUGAACAUGCUACAUUACAGUGUUAAUUUUGUUGACUAACAAUUUUAGUCAAAUUUUAGUCGACUAAACUAAAACAAUUAAGAUGACUAAAAUACAACUAGAACGUUUUUUUAGUCAAUAGACUAUGAAUAAAACUAAAAUUGUCCGCCAAAAUUAGCAAAAGAGAUAGACCAGGGCUUGUGACAGAGAGACACCUAGAGGGGCUGGGAGGACACAAAGAAACUAAAAUGGCUUUUUAGUCAAUAGACUAUGGAUAAAAGUAAAUUGAAAUUUGCCGCUAAAAUUAACACUGCUACAGUGAGUUGGGGCCAUUGCUGAUGGCAUGCACCUGUUAAGGGAUCUUUUGUUCCUGCUACAAAAAAAUGUAUGCAAAUCACAAUUGUCCAUCUAGUGAGAGGGAAGUAGGAACCUGCUUUCUGAUCCUUGGAGGCUCACAGCACCUACAGCUGGUAUAUUACUGCAGAGGUGGGGAAAGUGCUUUACACAGACUGUCUGUGCAUGCAAAACACCGCAGCAUGAAUACACUCUUAACACUCUACAAACAUAAAAUCUGCAUUCACCAACGUUCCUUACUCAUUGAAAAAACGUUUUUGUUUUUUUUGGGGGGGGUUACUUAAAUUAGCAAGCACUCACUGUCAAGCUUUGUAGUAAGGUACAUACACUCUGGUCCCAUCAAACUAGUAGACAUAUACAAGUUGUAAAAAAACUAUUUUAUUUAUAUAUAUAUAUAUAUAUAUCAUUUAAUUUUUACAUUUUUUUGUGCUAUGAACACAGCAACGUUUUGACUAGUAUGUGUUUUUUUUGUCAAGUCAUGAUGGAAAGAAAAGGAUGAGCCCUAUUGUAAAAUUACAAACUGUCAUACUGUCAGGCAACUAAGUGGCUGCAAAUGUAUAGAUCUUUGGCAAAUGUAAUAGGUGGUGUUUUGCUUGUGUAUAUAACCUCAUGGUAUUGUAGUGCAAGGAGUUUUUGUGUAUUGAUAUCUAUGUGUUUUUAUGUUACAUAGUAACAUAGCUGAAAAGAGACUUGCAUCCAUCAAGUUCAGCCUUCCUCACAUAUGUUGAGGCAAAAGAAGGGGAAAAAACCCAGUCUGAAGUACUUACAAUUUUGCAACAAACUAGGAAAAAAUUUCUUCUUGACCCCAAAAUGGCAGUCAGAUAUCUCAUUGGAUCAAGCAGCUAUUACCCCACUAAUUAGAAAUUAUAUUCCUGUAUGUUAUGUUUUUCAAAGUAUGUAUCCAAUUGCAGUUUAAACAUCUGUAUGGACUCUGAUAAAACCACCUCUUCAGGCAGAGAAUUCCAUAUCCUUAUACUGUAAAAAAAAAAACACGUUUCUUUGACUUAGAUGAAAUCUCCUUUCUUCCAGCCUAAAUGCGUGACCUUGUGUCCUAUGUACAGCCCUGUUUAUGAAUAGAUUUCCAGAUAAUGGUUUGUACUGGCCCCGAAUAAAUUAGUAUAAUGUUAUCAUAGCCCCUCUGAGGGGAAAACAUGUAUUCCUGACCCUAUAGUAUUAAAACAACAUCUAGUAUUCGAGUCUGCAGCUGCUCGCUCUGCCCCUGACCUGCCUGCUUACAGCUAACAUCAUCAGAAGUAAUUCUGUGAGCCAGUCACAAUCCUUUCACAUAUGAUUGGCUGAGGAGGCAGAUCAGGUGCAGAGCCAGCAGAAGUCAAACACAGCUCUGGCCAAAUAUCAUCUCCUCAUAGAGAUGAAUUGAAUCAAUGCAUCUCUGAGGAAAGUUCAGUGUCUCAAUGUAGAGGGUGGAGACACUGAAUGGUACUGCCCCAGGAAGCACCUCUAGUAGUCAUCUGAGGAGUGGCCAGUAGAGUUAUCACUAGGCUGUAAGUCUGAAAAGCAAAAAGCCUGAAGCCUUUACUGCAAAAAGCCUGAAGGUAAUGAAUCUACUCACCAGAACAAAUUCAAUAAGCUGUAGUUGUUCUGGUGACUAUAGUGUCACUUUAAGUAAAAGAAAGAUAUAUUAAUAUGGUGCACUCUUUUUAUCAGUACAGAUACAUAUUGGAGCAUGUUCUACACUGGCAACACUUUUCAUUUUCCACUGAUAAUAUUGAAUAUUGUGUGUUUCUGAUUCUAAUUAGUUCUUUUUCUGGCACUUAUAGAUAGAGGAAGCGCUUAUACGAAGGAAGAAGAUGGAGCUUUUGGAGAAGUACGCUAGCGAAGCAUUGAUGGCACAAAGUGAAGAUGCUAAAAGACUUUUAGGAAUAUGAUGUACCCAAUUCAAAACAAAAACAGUCUUUGUAAAUUUCAUCAUACUUUGUUACUUUUGUACAGAAGAUAUUUCUUGAAAAAUAUAAAAAAAAUUUUUUUGUAAUUUGUGAGUGUGGCGAAUUUUUCUUUUGGAUCUUCAGUAGAAUAUUAGACAUUAAUCAUUUAAUUAAGUUAGUCUGGAUGUUUUUAUUGUGAGAUUGGUGUAUUAAAAGUAUUUUCUAUGCAAUGGAACCAUAGCUCUGUGUAGUGGUUAUGUUACAUAGUGUAUCUGGAGGACAUCCCGUGGUUUUAUCUUAACCGUUUAGAAAAAGAUUGACAAAAAAUGAG